AUGACCGCCGUCUCACCCAUGGUGGACCCUCUCACUGUGCUGCCCCCAGAGAUUGUCCUGCAAAUCUUGCACUUCACCCCCGUCUCCGCGCUUGCGUCCCUGACCGCGGCCUCUAAGGCUUGGCACCAAUUUAUCGACGUCACCCACCAAGAAGCAAUUUACACAUCUGAAGCAAAAACUGCUCAACCGCUUGGAGGUAGCCGAGAUUUUUCAUUCCUCUCCGAUGCUCACAGCUUUUCAAAAAUAUUCGAAGGCACGAAAUCAUGGAAAGACCUGUGUAAGCGCCAGACACUACUGGCCCAAAAUUGGGCCAAACCACAUCCAGUUAGCCAGGAAUCGGUACUACAAAUCGGCAAUAAUCCUGUCUGGCGAUUCCGUGCCGACUUCAAGCGCCGAUUUUUUAUUUCCACUUCACAUGCCGGCGGGUUGAACGUCACUGAUAUGGACACGGGCCGUAUCCUCUGGCAACUCCCGCCGGCGCUGGAAACCGAUGGAGAUGGAGUUCGCAAACAUGCACACUUGGAAUAUCAGGAUGGAAUGGCCGUGUUUGAUAGUGAAGGAGAUUCGCUAGAGGUUUGGGAGGCAGACCAUGAAGGUGCAAAGCGUGGAGAGUUCCGGCGCAUCGCUACUUUAACCCAUGAUUGCCAGACAAGAGGGUUCCAAUUGUCCUACUGGACUCUCUGUGUUGUUUCAAACGAGGGUCGUGGUUUUGUGUACGAUAUGACACAGCGACCUCCCAAGUUAACCACACAAUUGAAGAUCGAGGAAGGUGGCAUUGGCCAUCUGGAUCAAAGCUCCGACAUUGUGAUCUAUUCGAUGGGAGCAAAAGGCUAUUUUGCCUACAGCAAGGAGUCUGGCGCGUUUUUAGGCACGUUGAAGCCGGCGAAGUCCACAGAGAAAUAUCACAUCCUCCCUCCCAAACCCGCAUCUGGUUCCACAACUGCAGCACUAGCAGGUGCUGCGCGACUUGGCCCAGAAUCUCACUCACUGCCACUCGGAGCCGUGGGAAAAGAUCGUUUGGUGCCAAUUAAGAUCGCCAAAGGUCCAUUGUCGCCACCAGGUGACCCAGAUCACGUCCGGCAUGCGGAGGAUGAAUGGGGAGCGGGAAUGUUGCAUGAUGAUCUUUUCGUGGGCUUCUCUCGCGCUGGCCGUGUUUUUAUAUGCCCCGACUUCCGCAAGGCUCUCCAUGACGAAUCGAGUCUCGCGGCAAACAGCUCCAUCCUAGAAUGCGAAUCAGAUGGGUCAAGCUUUGACCUUGGUGGCUGGUUAUCAGUCCGAAAGCACCGCGUGAUGUUCGAAAUUCAAGAUCGGAUUUAUGUUGUCGCCCUUGAUGAUAACAACAGAGUGCAAAGCGUGGAAAACUCUCCCCGUGCUUCGUACUCGCUGCUCACCAGCUCUGCGCCACAGUUUGCUGUGCCGAUCAGUUAUAUGGCACUGGCUGAUGAUGCCAUUAUGACCACUUACACGACACUCGGCUGGCGUGACUCCAACAUUCCUGGUGGCGUACCUCCACCGCAAGGGAGAGAUAUUCCUCACGUCUUUCCUACAAAAGUCAUCCGCAUACUAAGCCUCGCUCCUAGCAUCUCUGAUAAAUCUUCCUCUGCCUCUGGUAACAAGGAUGAUUCUUCGACAGCGGGUAUCGGGGGACUUGGUGGCCCCCGCCCAAAUUUGCCAACUGAAGACGCCUGGCGCACACAAGCCGGGUUUCUACAGCUGCUUGGCAUGUUUGGCGAAGAGGUAGAUAUUGAAAGUGACGAGGAAGAUGAAUGGGAGAGUAUCGACGAGGACGAGGAGGAGGAAUAG